CUUAACUUUACACACAUUCGCAGCUCGGAGCCCAAGACUCCUCCUGCAAUCCGCCCAAUCCCAAAGAAAUCCGCGGAAAAGGAAGGAUCCGGAGUGGGCGGGGGAGAAAUGUUCGGCAAUUUGAAGUUGGCGGCAACUUUUAGGCCUUUGGGGCGUCUGCGUUGGCUGAUGGAAGGAAGCUGGCCCGGCUACCUAGGAGUUGCAUUGUCAGCUAAGCGAUCUGCAAUGGGACUACACUCAGAACAUCUUUAGGCGGACAGGGCAGCCUGGCUGAAAACGGUACCAGCGCUUGAAAGUUGCGGGUGUUGGUUGCAUUUUCCCAUUGUCGAC